AUGGGUGACUUUGAGAAGGACGUGUCAAAGUCGGGUGAAAUUUCAUCAUCGCCACAGUAUUCCGACGUUGAAAUCGGCACUGUGCAUGAGACAACCAAGAAUGGCGACUCAGCACUCGAAUUUCUAAGAACAGCACACGAUGUUGGUGAACUUACUCCUGAAGAUGAACGUAGGUUACUUCGGAAGAUCGACUGGAUGAUUAUGCCGCUUAUGUGGUGCUGUUACUGUCUUCAAUAUCUCGACAAAACACUGGUCAACUACGCAGCAGUAAUGGGCCUCUACGACGACGCAAACAUAACGACAGACCAGUUCUCGAACCUCGCCUUGUUCUUCUACGUCUCCUAUCUCGUCGUCGAGUUCCCACAUGGCUACGCUAUGCAACGUCUACCCACUGCAAAGUACCUUGGUUCCGCAGUCAUCCUCUGGGGUCUAGUCACCGCGCUGACAUGCUUGUGUAAGAACUACGGCGCACUGGUCGCCACACGUGUGCUACUUGGUUGUUUUGAAGCCGCCGUCGCACCCAGUCUGAUUCUCAUCACCUCCAUGUGGUACAAGCGAACAGAACAGCCGCUGAGAACCGGUAUCUGGUACUUAGGCGUUGGCACCGGAACAAUGAUCGGGAGCUUGAUUAGUUUCGGAUUCCAACAUUACCACAGCGACGCAUUCACAAGUUGGCAAACCAUGUUUCUCGUCGUCGGUCUCGUCACCAUCGCCGUUGGCAUAACCGUGGUAUUCCUUCUCCCAGACAACCCCAUGUCCUCGCGCCUCACCCCCUCUGAAAAAGUCUGGGCCAUAACCCGCCUCCGCUCAAACCAAACCGGAAUCGAAAACACCACCUUCAAACCCUACCAAGUCCUCGAAUGCUUCAAAGACCCCCAAACCUGGCUUUUGUCUCUCAUCACAAUCUCCUCAAACGUGCCCAACGGCGCAGUCUCUUCCUACCAAGCCACCCUCAUAAAAUCCUUUGGCUUCGACUCCAAAACAACCGCGUUGCUGCAACUCCCCUCAGGAGCCAUCAGUAUAAUUUCUAUUUUGAUAGCUACGUACCUCGCCGGCCGCUUCAACCAGCGUGGGCUGAACAUCAUUACGUUGCUGGUACCCGGAAUGUUGGGUGGGUGCCUCAUGGCUUUUUUGCCUAGCUCAGCGAAAACAGGCAAGUUGAUAGGAAACUAUCUGACCAACUGUAUCGGAUCCAGCUUACCGCUAUUAUACUCGUGGGUCGCAGCUAACUACGCGGGGCACACGAAGAAAGUGACGAUGAACGCUGUACUCCUCAUGUCGUUUUGCCUGGGCAAUAUCAUCGGCCCGCUCACGUUUCGGAAGGAAGAUAGUCCGGACUUUGUACCUGCGAAGAUUACGAUUAUCGCCACGUGUGCGGUUGCGGCGGGGUUGGCCAUCGUGCUGCGGGUGUAUUACGUAGUGGAGAAUGGGAAGCGGGAAAGACAUAGUAUAAGUGAGCGAGUGGAAAAUGAAGAGUUUUUGGAUUUGACAGAUCGCGAGAACGCGAGGUUUAGGUAUAGAUUGUAA